AUGAAUCUGUCAAGCCUUUCCCAGCCAUUGGGAAAAAACUAUAUAUAUGAGAGAUAUUCUAGAUUUGGGAUGAAUAAUUCCAUUAUUAAAAGAACUUUUCAAAACCCUAUUUCUGUUUAUAAUGAGCUUUUAGCAACAGAAUUACUACCAACAACAGAAAGUGACUUUUCUGCAACGAUCAAGUUAAGAGUAGGCUCUCAGUCCAUGGGAUUACAAGAAAGAAGAAAGUUAGGGAAUCAUAAAUCAUAUGGUGAUGAGAAUGAAUAUUCUCGAUUAAAUUCAUGUGAGAUAUUUGACCCAUUUGCAACUGUACCUUUGAGAUCAGUUUCUAUGGAUCCAGCAUGGUUAUCUUCUUCAAAUAUGGGAAUGGGUCCAAUUUCAAGAAAGAUUCCAAAGGGGCCAUUCAAAAUUCUGGAUGCUCCCAAUUUACAAGACGAUUUCUACUUAAAUUUAGUUGAUUGGAGCUCUACCAACUUGCUGGCUGUUGGACUAAGCUCAUCAGUUUAUUUAUGGAGUGCAUCAACAUGUAAAGUCACCAACUUAUUAAAUCUGCAAGAGCAAGAUACUGUCACCAGUGUAUCAUGGACACAACAAGGUAAUCACCUUGCUGUCGGAACUAGACAAGGCUCCGUCCAGAUUUGGGAUGUUGUGGAACAGAAAAAGGUACGUACAUUAAAUGGACACAGAGCAAGAAUUGGUGCAAUGGAUUGGUGCGGGCCGAUCUUGGCAACGGGAGGAAGGGACCACACUGUAUUAUUAAGAGAUGUAAGAGAGCAAGAACACUGGUGUAGCAGGUGGUUGGGACAUAAACAAGAAGUUUGUGGUGUUAAAUGGAGUCCAAAUGAAACCCAGUUAGCUACUGGAGGUAAUGAUAAUAAGUUACUUAUUUGGUCACAAGGAUAUGAUACUCCAGUGUGCCAGUUUCAAGAACAUACUGCUGCAGUCAAAGCUUUAUCUUGGAACCCCCAUCAAUCUGGGCUUUUAGCAUCAGGUGGUGGAACUGCUGAUAGACAUAUUCGUAUUUGGAAUACUGUUACUAAUUCAUGUGUAAUGGCAGUAGAUACUGGUUCACAAGUAUGUAAUAUUGCUUGGAGUGGAAAUGUUAAUGAAUUAGUAUCUACCCAUGGGUAUAGUUUAAACCAGGUUAUAUUAUGGAAAUGGCCAUCUAUGCAGAAAAUUGCAACUUUGACUGGCCAUACAUAUAGAGUUUUAUAUUUAGCCGUAUCUCCUGAUGGUCAAACUAUUGUAACAGGGGCAGGCGAUGAAACUUUAAGGUUCUGGCAAAUAUUUCCAUCAGGAAGACCAAAAGGUCCACAAAAUCUAGCAGCUUUAUCAGUACCAAAUGCACCAGCAAUGAGAUAA